ACACAAACAGGAAAUACAAGAUCUUGGAAAUACAAAAGCACUACUACAACAACACACACUUGAGUCUGAAUCAUUAAUCUAUCAAAUCAUUAGCAGUAACUAGUACCAUGGCCAAGGUCUAUACCAUGAAUGAACCCCCCACAGACAGGCCAGUUCGUGUCUAUGCUGAUGGUAUCUAUGAUCUCUUUCACUUUGGCCAUGCCCGUUCACUUGAACAAGCGAAAAAAUCGUUUCCGAAUACGUACCUGCUUGUUGGAUGCUGCAAUGAUGAAGUUACCCACAAAUUCAAGGGCAAAACUGUCAUGACUGAUACGGAGCGCUACGAGUCUCUACGUCACUGCAAGUGGGUAGAUGAAGUUAUUCCUGACGCGCCUUGGGUGGUUACUAUAGAGUUCCUUGACAAACAUCGAAUUGAUUAUGUGGCACAUGAUUCUCUUCCGUAUGCUGAUGCAAGUGGGGCUGGCAAGGAUGUAUAUGAAUUUGUCAAGUCCAUUGGAAAGUUCAAGGAGACUAAACGGACUGAAGGAAUCUCUACAUCAGAUGUCAUAAUGAGAAUUGUCAAAGACUACAAUGAAUAUGUCAUUCGUAACUUAGAUCGUGGUUACUCGAGAAAAGAUUUGGGUGUUAGCUAUGUGAAGGAGAAGAGAUUGAGAGUAAAUAUGGGCUUAAAAAAGUUGCGGGAAGAAGUGAAGAAACAACAAGAGAAAGUGGAAGAGAAGAUGCAAACUGUUGCAAAAACUCGUAACAUGUGGGUGGAUAAUGCUGAUCGCAUGGUUGCUGGUUUUCUUGAGAUGUUUGAAGAAGGCUGUCAUAAAAUGGGAACUGCUAUUAGGGAUCGCAUUCAAGAACAGUUGAUGGUGAAGGACAAGGAUGAUUUUGAUGACGAUGACGAUGAAGAUGAUGAUGAUUACUAUGAUGCUAGCACUGAUGAAGAUUAUGAUAAAGGUUACGACAAGCGCGACAUUGAUGUUAAAGAAUAAGUUGCAGUAUUGAUAUGGUAGGAAUAUUUCGUUUGGAUUUUUUGAUUUGAUCUCCAUACUUGCACAAAUGGUGUUUCUGCUUGAACUUCUUCAUAGCAUUGUUGCAUUGUAGCUACAGGUAUGGAAAGCUGUGUAUACUAUAACAGAAGUUGUGAAAUUGUGUCAGAUUAUGCAGAAUAUAUAAUAGACAUGUAUUGCAGACAAAUGUUAAUUAUGUGCUGCAUUUUCAUAAUAUAUAAUAGACAUGUAUUGCAGAGAAA